GAAGAUUCAAAGAAAUCGUUACAUUUCACUAAAUAUACAUUUUUUAAUAUGAAGUAUCAUUCGUUGACUAAACGAUUAUUCUCGAAGAAAUUUUUACACUUCAUUAUUCUUUGCAAUUUAUUUUUCAAUGUGGUCAUCGGUGCAGAUCCUAUUCCAUCAGCUGCGCCUCCAAUAAGUGGUUGGAUUCCAAGAGAAAUGAAUCUUGAUCGUACUGAAAUUCCGAAAAAUAUAUUGGUGGUGGUUCCAGUUGGAGGAUUGAGUCAUCUUCGACACAUUUUAACAAUUUCAAAUAUCUUGGCCGAUCGUGGAUACAAUGUUACGUUAACGACGAAAGGAACAUUUAAACUAUCACAACAAUAUCCAAAAAUUAAUUUUAUUUCACUCGGAGAAGUAACCGAUUUCUUAAAUAAUCCAGAAUUCGUAGAUUUAGUUCAAGGAAAAUUUAACAUAGGAAAGCUUCAAAACAUAUUUAAAAAACGGUUCGAUUCUUAUAAUAGUACAUUUUUACAACUUAAGGUAAUUUCUGAGAUAGUUAAACCGGAUUUAUUUUUCUGUGAUACUUUAAAUAACGAACCGUGUUUUGACAUGGCUUGGGUAAAAAAUAAACCUUUCGUUGGAAUUGCAACUAGUGUCUUAGGAUUGUCACGUGUCCCUUAUAAAUCAGAUCCUUUAUUUGAAUGUAAAGUUAGCAUGGAAAAUGAAUCAUUUUGGGAAAGAUUUAGAUGUGAAAUUAUUUCACCACUUAAGUUCAUAUGGACAUUAAGAAAUUCUUUUGGCGAAUUUAAUGAAGUAAGAGCUAGUUAUGGUUUACCAACAUUAAAAAAUCCAUUUGAUCGAUGGCAAUCUUCUUUAUUCUUACUCGAUAAUUUCUUUGGUUUUGAGAUGCCAAUUCCUUUAUCUCCGAUAAUUCAGGAAAUUGGACCGGUUUUACCAGAUUAUUAUCCUCCAUUAACGCCGGAUAUCGAGAAAUUCCUUACGUUGCACAAACGUACAAUGUUUGUAGCACUAGGAUCAUUCUUAUUCUUAACACCUGAAAAUAAUGCAAAAUUAUUACAAUCUAUCAUUGAAGCCACUGAAAAUGGAAUUGUUGACGGAGUUAUUUGGGCAAAUAUUGUAAAGAAUCGAGAAUCAUUUCCUCCCAGUAUAACUCUUUCAAAUGGUAGAAUUAUUUCCACUUCCGAUAUAUUUGAAAACAAGAAUCCAAAUAUUCACAUGGCAUCAUUUGCACCUCAAUUUGCCAUAUUAAAUCAUACUAAUACAAAACUUUUCCUAAGUCAUUCUGGGGCAGGAAGUGCUCACGAAUCAUUAUAUACAGGAACACCUAUACUCGCAUUACCAAUUACUUUUGAUCAACCUGGUAAUGCCGAAAAAUUGGAAUUGGCUGGUGUAGCUUUAACAUUAGAUAAGCUUAAUCUAGACGUGAAUGAUAUAUUAGAUAAAAUUAAACGAAUUCAAAAUGAUGAACAAAUACAAAGUAGUUUAAGAAGGAUUAAAACUUUAGCCAUUAUUAAUAGUAAUAGAAAAUAUAGGGCUGCAGAUUUAAUCGAAUUCACCUUACAUUCUUCAGCAUUGAACCAAAAGAAUAUAAAUGAUGAUAAUAAAUUUGAUGAUAAAUUGAUAUUUAAAGAUCUUAUUACUCCAGAUACUAGGAUGGGUUUCAUUAAGGGAAAAUAUUUGGAUGUUUACGCUACCGCUUUAGUAAUUUUCGUUAGUAUUUUAUAUGGAAUUCUUCGAGGUCUUUAUAUAAUUGGAAAAUUAAUUUACGUGAAAUUAUUUAAAAAUGAAGAUAAAGAAAAGAAAGAAUAAUGAGAACAAAUUUAAAUUUUUUUCUAACAUUUUUAAUAUCAAUAUUUCAUGUACCUUUGAUCUAUUUUACAUUUUUUAUUAAAUAAU